AUGUCGCAGAGUUCAGUCCAGGAGGCUGCCGUUGGCAUCUCUCAUCCCACAAACCGCGCAGUUGUAUUCGACCGUGCAUCUAGCACCCUUGAAGCGAAUCUGCGAAUGCCUUUGCUUCUGCUCUCUGACGACGACGCUGACACCUUUGUUUAUAUCGAAUCGGCUCCUCAGCAGAUAGACGAAGCUACACGUAAUCACUGGGGCUCCUCACUGCAGGCAGAAGCGCUGCCCAUCCCUCACCGUGUACAUAGUCGGAAGCUACUCAGUACCGGAUCAGACGUGUUGAAGGAUCUUUUCCAGCCUCGCAAGCAAGCACGAGCCCGAAAGCGAUAUGGUCUCACACGCGAAAUGCCUCCGGGUGUCAAGUACGCAAUCGAUCUUACCCCGCCAUCCGAAGGUGAUGAGGCCGUCAUAUUCAUGACGGAGCUGUCGUGUCCAAUGGGUGUGAGAAGAUGGUUCGAACUGCAAUCUCUGUGGCAACUACCAGCCAUUUGCGUUGGUGGCCAGGACGAAGUAGAAUGGCUUCCAGUUCCUAGAGUCGAAGUUAAAAGAGAACCCAUAGUUAUCAGCGCAUCUGAUGACAACGAGAAAAUCAAAGACCUUGCUAACAGUGGCGAUAUGAAGAAGAACGAACCUCAGAGAAAAAGUAAUCCACCUCCACCACCAAGGAUUUUGAACUGGAGAGGAAACCUGCCCACUCUACGAGCGGACUCGGACCAAGCACCCUCAGACCCAGCAAAACAACAGCACGAGACCGAGAAUACUAGCACUCAGAGAGACUCGGAAGUUUCAGAAGCUCUGAGAAGAUUCCCUGGUCUUCCUCUCGAUUACUCACCCGCUCGCCAUCGAACCUGUCUAGAGCGUGUUUUGCAUGCUCUCGAAGGGCUCGACCCAAAACUUGAUACUGCACCAAAACUAUGGACCUUCUUUGCUCUGGCAAAGCUUCUACAAGUUGCCACUCAUCCAGACAUUGGUGACCGCAUCCUGGUUUGGUUGUACCAAGGCAAUAAUGCUCUGUUCGUGGAAGUUAAUCCUGAGCUUAGCUAUCAGAUAGCGUGUGGAUUGCAGAACCGCGGUCUUUGUCAAGAUUCGUUUGCCAUUCUUGUGGGUGAAGAGGCCCUGUUGGUUUUAGACUCGUUAGUCAGGGGAAUUGUGCCUAAACAUAGGACUCGCACAAUACACGGACGCACCCGCGAGCCUCUAGAUGACACAGAAGUGCAGCGAGUAGAAUAUGCUAGCAAGAUCUUUCUAGAUCGAGUUCUCGAUGACUUCAUUAAGCUUGCUGGAACCGAGAUGCUAUGGGUGGAACGCCUAGUGAUAAACAACAUCCGAGGAUCACCAAACAUGCCAGCACACCAACCAUUCGUUGACGAACUCAUUGACUUUUGCAAAGGAUAUGUGCGCAGCCACAUAUGCCGAUCCCUGAACCAGCGUCAUGCACGGAGCAGUAGAUUCCAAUUCAACCUGAGAACGGAGACAAAGUACCCGGGGCUAGAUUUCCUUGAUGCACAAUCCCGUAUGCCAAUUUUCUGUCGGGUCUUGACAUCCACCUUUUGGCAAAAUCUCCGAGAGGCCACUUCGCUUACUGAUAUGUAUGUCCCGGAGUGCUUGUCGCUGAAAGAAUUAGCACCAUCGUUGCCUAAUCUGCAGGAUCAAGGAAAAGCCAUUAUUCAAAAGGUCUCACCGCACUCAGUUGACGAAGCCAUUUCUUACUUCCUGUCUGGAGUGAACGAAUAUCCUCAUUACGAAUCAGGGCCAGGCAUCUACUUUGACUUUACAUAUUUUCAAAAUGAUGUUAUGCUCUAUUUGAAGAGUCUGUCGUCCAGAAUGACCAACCCUCCAAACACUGAAUCAUCGCCUACUCCACUCGCCCUUGGUGUCCAGUUUGAGAUGAUCGAUACACUCGUCUGUCUGGAAGAGAAAGAGUUCAGAUUCCUCCCCUUAUGGGCUGGAGGAAACGAUGAUGGUACCGGCGGCGUAUUUGAGGAUCAGGGUGUUCCACUGGUGAAAGACGGCAGUGGAUUUUCGACGGCCGGUCCAUCUGUUCGUCUGGCUAGUGAUGAUAAUGAUUAUGAUACAUUUUCCAUGGACUCCUUUGACACUAUUCAUCCAGAUGACGCCGCCAGUACUAUAGAACGUGCCUCGCACGAAGCUACUGUCAGCCAUGCCACGACUGCGAGUGUUGCAUCGGUGAGUACAUCUGUUUUGGAUUUCGAACUUGUUCAGCCAUUGCGGGAUACAGAUAUCAAGAGCACCACAAACGAUGAUUGUGAUGUUGAAAUGACCAGUGAUGCCGACCAUGGCAGUGAUGAUUUUGAAUUGUUAGAUGAUGACAACGAUGAUACGAUUGAUAUGAUUUCAGACAGGGAAGACAUGUAA